CUAACAGACAAGAGGGCCAGAAGGAGGCUCGGGCCAGAAGUAAGCUCCCGUCACUACUCCAAAGCUAUGGCCGCAAUGUGCGUUUUCGCCUCGCCGCUCUGGCGUCUCCAGCGUCUCCGGCUUUCUCUCCUCCUCGCUCCUCUCCUCCUCGUUCUCUCGCUCUCUCCCCGCGCGUCCCGUGCCUUGUAUUCUCGUCCGUACGAUCCCAUUCCCGCCGUCGUGCUGCCGGCUUUAAGUCCCGAAGACGUCCCGCUCCCUUUUUGGGGCACGAGUGUGACUAGUAUGAAAGUUUCGAUGAACGCGUCGCUCGUGCGUGCUUAUAACGGGGACGACAAGAAUAAUAUCGUCGUCAAUAUCGAGGGCCAGGGCCCCAUUCCGUUCUCGCUGUCGCGGUGGAAUCAGGGGGAUUUCGCGCCGAGGCUCGCGCCCAGGCACCCGUAUUCGCAGACGAACCUCGGUAUUCCCGGGGGAAAGGAUGGUUACCAGUCGGAUAACCCGAUGGAGUUUCCCCUUCAGGCUUGGCGUCCGAGCUUGGACAAGGGUGUGGUGCUCGGCUCGGUGGCUCAAAACGGGCAGCAGUGGGACGAUGGCGCCCCUUUCUUUUAUGGCACCGUGUCAUGCAUAUACGACUCACACGGUUACGGUUACAGCAUGGAUACAGGAGAGUUUGGCAACGAUAAUCCCAACAUCGACAUUGCUAUUGGGAAAGCAGGGGAGCAGGACGAAGGAAACAUCGAUGUCUCCAUAGCAUGGUUUCCUUACCACCAAGGCUGGACGGCUGGGUACGUGGAUGCUCCCUCGGAGUUAGACAAGGGCGGAGAGGCCAAAUGGGCCACCAACGCGUCCCACUCGUCCAACCUGCCAAGCGACCUUUCCCGCAUUCUGCACUGGGACAAGCGCGGAGCCAGUCUGGAGCUGCCAGGUGUCAACCCGUCACGGGACGGCAUGCUCUUCCUCACCUCCACGGACCCGGGUCAGUGGAGCAACGAGCUCAACAUAAUGAGCACCUACGUCAAGAGAAAUGGCCGCGGGUGGCGCAUCCAGGCGCGGGAGGACGCCUUCGGGGAUGUGACGGAGCUUGUGGAGAGUCAGGAGCACAUGUUCGCAUUCCUCUACAUCCCGUUCACCGCUCCUGGCCUUAUAGGGGCCACCAUAGCAGCCGAUGGCUCAGUGGUGCAUGGAGCAGGCGUGUUCACAUGCAAGCGACUGGCUGCUGGGAUGUAUGAGAUUACCAUUGGCGACGAGCACAAGACACACAAUGACGGCAUUCUCUUGCUGCAAGUGAUGGGGCGGGACGACAGCAACAGGCACUAUGCCCGACACGCCUUCCUGUCGUACAACUUCACAGCACAGGGAUCGGUGCUGGUGGAAGGGCAUAGGCUGGUGAAGGAGCCCUCUCAGAUGUUUAAGGAGACGUUUCCAUACACCGAUACAGACUUCGCUUUCGUGUGGGUCGACUUCCGCAACCCUCUCAGUCCCACACUCCGCUCCUACACUGGGCCUCUCCCAGAGCGCCUCUCCGGUUACCGCUUUUGGAGUGGCAUCGUUACGGGAAUAGUCGCCAUGGCAGUGGCGACUGUAGCAGCUCUCUUCUUCCUCUCCUACUACUCCAUCUCUCAAGUGCCCUCUGUUUUCACUCCUCUGACGUCGCUCCAGCCUACGCAGUCUGUAUCUGCAGAAACCGAGUUGGCAGAGGAGCUGCUGAGGGGGGUGUACAUUAAUGCUGAGGAUUAGAUAUGUACAGUGCACUUCGGAUUUAUUUUUAUGAACUUAUGGGUAACCACAGAAGCCAGUUCUUGAUCUGCAAAAAAAAAAGGGUUCCCAAAAGAAAUUUUUUUGGGGGUAGUGUACAUUUAUGCAGAGUAAAUGUCCACACUGAUUUGUUUUGUAUCUAAGUGCAGAUCAGAACAAUACAUGGCCGUGUGCCCUAUUUCCAUAUGCUUAAUUGAUGGUGAGAAGAG